AUGAGGAAAACUCCCGACUGGACCACACUGACGGUCGGCGACCGUCAUGGCGUCAUCCUCUUCGCCAGUCCACGGGCUCUGCACGUGGUGUGGCUGGGCGAGGCCGCUUUGGGUAUCUCAGUUAUUGGAGAGCAUGCAGUAAUUUUUCAGAUCAUGCCAGCCAAAGCUUGUCAUCUUGUAGUGGACAGUGGUGCUUUCAUUAGUCUCACUCCUCUUCAGGAAUUGGGAAAAAAUAUUUAUACAAUCGAUGCUGUCAUCGAUGAAAUUCGUGACAAAGAAGCCCGAAGAAAGCUCCAAGCAACUCCCUUCGAAAUCAUUUUUAAGGAGCCAUCACUGGAGUGUAUUCAAUUUGUGACUCAAUUCAGCAAGAAGACAGGAGACUACCCAAGCCUCUCAGCCACAGAUUUGAAGGUGCUGGCCCUCACUCUUCAGCUCGAGAAGGAACACGUCGGCACUGAACACAUUCGCUCUGAACCCGUGCAGCGUUCACAUAUCAAUAACAAGUCUGGGAUUUUCAACCAUCCAACUGGUCAACCUGGGUGGUUUGGUUUCCACUUACCUAAAGAAAAGGAAUCACCCAAGAGCAGCACAGAAAAUGAAGUAGUUGGAGAAAAAGAAGAUGACAGUGACAUUGCUGGGGCUGUACAACAACUGUCACUUGUGACGUCAGAGGAGGAGAAAAAGGAAAACUCCCUGACUCAAGAUACUUCGCAUCAUGGUUCAGAAAUUCCUGAGGUUGGCAGUUCACAGUUCAGAGAACAGGAUGAAGCAGCCACAAACAGGAGUGAAACUGACCAAGAAGAUGAUGUGAAGACUGGGGUAAAGGAAGACACUGAAUUGGACAAUGACAAUGACGAUGGCAGCAGCAGUGAUGAUGAUGAUGGUGGUGACUGGAUCACACCAAGCAAUGUUCAAGAAAUGAAGAAUCAGUUCAUGAAAGGCCAAGAAGAAGCCGAAGAGAUCCCAGUUGCCUGCAUUACCACAGAUUAUGCCAUGCAGAACAUGCUCAUCCAGAUGAACUUGCAACUCCUGUCAUUGAAUGGCAUGGUGAUAAAAGAAGUUAGGACUUUCAUCUUGAGAUGCAUUGCUUGCUUUCACACCACAAACAUCAUGACCAAGGUUUUCUGUCCACAUUGUGGACACAAGACCUUGAAGAGGGUAGCAGUCACCGUGAAACCUGAUGGCUCAAAAGUUUUGCACAUAUCCAAGCGUAAAACUCUCAAUCUCAGAGGAACCAAGUACUCACUGCCUAUGCCAAAGGGAGGGAAGCAUUCCAAUAAUCCAAUCCUCUGUGUGGACCAGCCUCAAGCCCAAAAGAGACCCACAAAGGCAUCCAUGGUGAAGCUGAACCCAUUGGAUCCAGACUAUAUUGCAGGAUUGUCCCCAUUUGCAAUCAGGGAUGUUCACUCUCGAGCUGCACAGAGGGGAUACAGAGGAGAAACUAAGAUGGACAACCCCCAUCGGAAUCCCAACGAGAGGAGGAAAAUAAAAAGUAGGCGGAAGAAGAAGCCUUCAGGAUUGUGAAUUAUCCCUUUUGCUUCUCUGAGGUUGACAAAUUUUACACUGGUGUUUAUGGAAUUGCAAAUUUUGUGAAUAAAACAUUUGAUGUUGAAA